AUGCGCCCGGCAACAUUCUCCGCAUUACUCUUAGCCCUCGCCACAGCAGUCGUCGCCGCACCGAACCCCGUCCAACCCCAUGAAGCACGCAUGGGCGGCGGUGGUGUGACCGAGACGGAUUGGAAGAGGAUGGGCGGUGGACCGACGCACUCUACCGACUGGAAGAAGCGUAUGGGCGGUGGUGGCGUGACAGAGACAGACUGGAAGCGCAUGGGCGGCGGCGGCGUGACCGAGACGGACUGGGUCUCGGUUCUUCGCUUUCCUUUGGUCUUACGCGCGUACUAA